AUGGCGACGGCAGAUAACAGCACCUCGGCUUCGGAUCAGCGGCAGGGCUCAGGUUAUGCACUUUGUAGCUCCAGCAAACGGAGGAGGUUAAUUUCAGCAGAAGGUAACGCAUCGAUCUGGAAACUGGCAGACGAUCUCAUCGUAGAGAUUCUGAUCCGCGCCCUCCCUAACCCUAGGUCCGCCUGCCGGUGCAAGCUCGUCUGCAAGCGGUGGAGCUCUCUCAUCUUCGACCCAGUACGGUUCAAUCGCCGUUUCAUUUCUUACCACCGGAGCAGGAACCAACAACCUCCUCUGCUUCUUCACUCAGACGACCCGCAAUCGAUCAUCACGAGCUUUCUCCCUAUGAGCCGUCUAUCCCGUAUGUCCUUUGCAGUAAUGGAUUCUUACAAGGACCUGGUCUUGUGCGGAUUCGAGGAUGUGGGUCCCACCAGCGGCGAAUUGUACAGAACAUACUUCCUCUGCAAUCCGUUUACCAAAGAAUGGCUCGCCCUCCCUUUGGCGCCUGAAUUGCCAGCAGGGUGCCCGUAUUUCUUCACAAGGUUAGUCUGUGAACCCCGCAUGCGUAAUGAUCUCGAUCUAGGAGAUAACCAAGUCUUUGCUUAUUCGUCCGAGUAUCGAUUCCGCGUGGUGCGCCUAUACCCGCGUGGAUCGUCUGCAAAGCUAGACGUGUUCUGUUCGGAUACCGGAGAAUGGACCAAGGAUCGUCUUGUUAUUCCCAAUCAUUACCAAUGCAUAGCCAGAAAUGUGGUUUCCUGCAAUGGGGAGCUGUUCUGGAGUUAUGCUGUUCCGAACCAAGAUAAAGAUGCUGUUUGCCGGUCGAGAGUUUUCAUUGCUGCUUUUAAUCCUUUCCGACCCGACAUCCCUCCCACUGCCAUUGAUGCUCCGGAAGUGUUCUGCAAACCCGGGUGGGAUAUCUCAGUCUCGCAAGGCGCCUUGCACGCCAUUGCAUCGAGUGUUUGGAGACUGGAACAAGACAGUAAGUCUUGGAGGAAAGUAUGUGACGGGCUGCUAAAGAAGUCGAGAUUGUAUGAGCUUCACCACUAUCUUCGGCCAUGUUUGCAUCCAGAGAAGGCGGAAGUUUUCUUCCUCAAACAUCGUGGUGAUGCUGGUGUAGUAUCCGUCUUGUCCUGCGAUUUGAGGACAGGGGGAGAGGUGGAGCUCUUCGCAGAAGCAAGAGUAUUCUUAAGUUAUUGGAACUUGUUCCGAGUUCAAUUCUCUUGCUGGCCUACUUCAAUCCCAAAGUACAAGGAAUUGCGAGUUAUGUACGAUGGAAGCUGCAGCUGUUGGAUUCAGAGCAACAUCGGAACUGAUGGCAACACUCAUUCAAUACUUGGUACAUAUUACUGCUUGCGAUUCAGAGCAACAACGAAACUGACAACAACUCUUCUCAUGUUUCCUUUUGUGGCCUACUUUUUGAUCAUUGUUUACGUUGUUGUUGCUUUGUUUGCUGAACCAACAGAUGGAGCAGGAGGUGCUUGCUGA